AUGAACUCCGACGCACCAUCGCGUCUUCUACUUGAUAGCCAGAAUCAUAUUGCACUCCGCUCGCGAAAUGAUGGCGCUGUCGUGGAAGAUUCCGUUGCCAUCACCGACGGACGCUCUGGAUACAACCGAAGAGAUGAUGAUCAUGCCCUCGUCACCACUGAUGGCCGCUCUGGGUAUAACAAACGCGAUGUCGAGGACUCUAUUCCCACCACUGACGGUCGAUCGGGUUAUAACCGACGAGAUGGCGAAGAGAAUGCUGUCGCCACCGGGGGUCGCUCUGGAUAUAACAGACGUAAUGUUGAUGGAGAUUCCAUUGCUACGACUGAUGGACGCUCUGGGUACAAUCGUCGCAAUGGGGAAGAAGACUCUGCAAGCACUACUGGGGGGCGCUCUGGGUACAACCGACGGGGCAGCGAUGACGAUUCUCUUGUAACUACUGGGGGUCGCUCGGGAUAUAACCGGCGGGAUUCUCAGGACGACUUGAUCGUCACUACGGGAGGUCGAUCGGGAUACAACCGAAGGAAUUCUGACGAUUCUGCUAUCACCACUGAUGGGCGUUCUGGGUACAACCGCGUAAUCUGA